UCCGGGAAGGCUUCUGGAAGGAAGGGCAUUGAAACUGCCCUUUAAAGGCUGCAUAGGCUUUCAACAGAUGAAGAUGUUCUCAGACCAUUCCUCAGUGUGAGCACACCCUCUCACCCCAGCCCAGCCAAGAAGAUGGGGGCUGGAGCCAGUGCUGAGGAGAAACACUCAAGGGAAUUGGAAAAGAAACUGAAGGAAGAUGCUGAGAAGGAUGCCAGGACAGUGAAGCUGCUUCUGCUGGGUGCUGGUGAAUCGGGAAAAAGCACCAUCGUGAAGCAGAUGAAAAUUAUCCAUCAAGAUGGUUACUCCCUGGAGGAGUGCCUGGAGUUUAUCGCUAUCAUUUAUGGCAACACCCUGCAGUCCAUUCUGGCCAUUGUCCGGGCCAUGACAACCCUCAACAUCCAGUAUGGAGACUCGGCCAGACAAGAUGAUGCAAGGAAGCUAAUGCAUAUGGCCGACACCAUUGAGGAGGGCACAAUGCCCAAGGAGAUGUCCGACAUCAUUCAACGGCUGUGGAAGGACUCAGGCAUCCAGGCCUGCUUUGACCGAGCCUCUGAAUACCAGCUCAAUGACUCUGCAGGAUACUACCUCUCAGACCUGGAGCGUCUGGUGACACCUGGCUAUGUGCCCACGGAGCAGGAUGUGCUAAGGUCCCGAGUCAAGACAACAGGCAUCAUUGAGACCCAAUUCUCCUUCAAGGACCUCAACUUCAGAAUGUUUGACGUGGGAGGCCAACGCUCAGAGAGGAAAAAAUGGAUACACUGCUUCGAAGGUGUCACCUGCAUCAUCUUCAUUGCGGCUCUCAGCGCCUAUGAUAUGGUGCUGGUGGAAGAUGACGAAGUGAACCGGAUGCAUGAGAGUCUCCACCUGUUCAACAGCAUCUGUAACCACCGUUACUUUGCCACAACAUCCAUUGUCUUGUUCCUUAACAAAAAGGAUGUUUUCACUGAGAAGAUUAAGAAGGCCCACCUCAGCAUCUGCUUCCCUGACUAUGAUGGCCCCAACACCUACGAAGACGCAGGGAACUACAUUAAGGUACAGUUCCUGGAGCUGAACAUGCGGCGGGACGUGAAGGAGAUUUACUCGCACAUGACUUGCGCCACAGAUACCCAGAACGUCAAGUUCGUAUUCGACGCGGUCACUGACAUCAUCAUUAAGGAGAACCUGAAGGACUGCGGCCUCUUCUGAGCCGGCCGCCCAGACGAUGGAACCAUCCUGCAGCACUUGUUCAUUCAUUCCAACAGGACUGUGCACAGAGAACCUACUGUGUGCAGAGCAUCGUGCUGGGGGAGCUCUGAAAUUUAGCUAAGUCAGGAUCUUGGCCUCAGAAGCUAAGCUGUCUAGGAAUACGCACUUCCCACAUCCAUAGCUCUUUAAGAUGUCAGUCUGAGUUGCAUAAAGCAUUGCUCACACCAGCACUGUGGGGUAGGUAGCGCGCUUAUGAUUUUCUGCAUUUUACAGAUGAAGAAACUGAACUGGUGGAUAUGAAGAGACUUGCAAGGUCACAUAGCUAGUAAGUGUGGGAGGAAGUCAGGAUUCAGUGCCAGGUCUCCUGCUUGCUUUCUGCUAGGCCUAGGGCAUGCUGCCCCAUAGGUAGCCCCCCAGCUUGAUUUCCUUGAGUUCCCAACCAUUUCCUUCUCCAGACCUCUCAUUUAUUCUCCCAGGAAUGGGAACCCCAACUGACUCCAGGGGCGCUAUCUCUUUUAGCCCCCAGCCCUACUCCAGCUCAGCCAAGAGCUCUCCUGUUUAGCAAGGUAAGGCCCAGGUACCAGCCUUCUAAGUUAUUCUGGGCCUAGGUCUCCCUAAGGGCAACCUCUCAUGAGGUGGAUGGUGGCAUUCAAAGAACAGUGGAAGUAAGAGCUGAAGUGGGCUUGGGGAACUGAGGAGACCCUCCCAAAGUCCAUCUGCUCAGACAGGUUCCUGUAGCCACUGUCCAAGUGGUUUAGGACUCAGAAAAGGCCCAUUGAGCAGAGCACUCCCCUCUCCACCCUCCACCCCACUCACCCUCUCUCUCUACACACACACACACACACACACACACACACACACACACCCCAGGGAACUACCUGUAAUGAACCCCACCUUCCUUUUCUCCAGUCAGACACCAUAGCCCAGGCUCCUGGCUGAGUCUCCCUCAAGCCGGACAGCCCAGGAACAAGAUUGGGGGGGAGGACAUCCUGGCUCCCCCAGUCUUGCCCUUCACGGCUCGGCUCUCAUAGUCCCCUGAGCCCCACACUGGCCGGCCCUGGUCAGGCCACUGGUUAGAAUGAAGCAGAAUGACUCAGCUUUGCCCACAGCCUGUACCCUACAGGUCAAGAGAAAGACCCCUCUGCUGGGGGAAGGGUGAGGGUGGGAAAAACUGGUUCCUUCUCUCCAGGAUCCCCAAGGCCAGGACUAUGCCACCCUCUCCUUAGGACCAAUAGCCUUCCAAGUCUGGCCUUGACCUAGGGCUGACUCUGGGGGGGAGGGGACUCAGCUUCCUCCCCCUAGUCUCCCGAAGGAAUACAAUCUACCCCACCUCUUUCCCACCUCACCCUGUCACCACCAUGUGAGAGAAUGAGCACCUGGUGUGCCCAAGCCUGGCAGAGAGCAUUGACCAGCUCCAAGGCCUUCACUCAAUAAGGAAUUUCGGGGAAUCAAAACCCAAACUAACCUAGAAAGACCUCCCCCAGCUCCUGAAAAAAGGACAUAUCAGAGGUAGAGGCAUGAGAUCUUUGGGACUCCCUAGUUCAACCUAAACCUUGCUGUCCCUACUCCAGGGACAUGGGAGUCUGAAUGACUGGGUUUAAGGGAGAUCCCUUCCUUCUGGACCACUGGAGCUAAGGGGCUCAAGGGAGCUAUCCAAGACGGAUGGGUGCGGAGCUACUGAGUCUAAGCUACUUUCCCUUUUAGGGCCCCUCUCUUCUCCCUGGCUGGCCUCCACCUCCUGCCACCCCCAAAAAACCCUCACUUCAAGGCUCCCCCAUGGCCUCGACUUGUUCCAGUAGGACUGUCAUGGGGACAUCAGAUGGGCACCAGAGUAGGGGUGAAGGACCAGGAAAGGAGUAGGAGGAUGGGUUAGUGUUGACAAUCCUUAGGAGCAAAGGCCCGUACAGAAGGCCUGGCCAAUAGCCACUGGGUCCCGAGGGGCGGGCUGGGGCAGAGUACUGGCUUCUAUUGAUCCAGCCAGGUCUGGGAACAGGAGCCUUGAGCCUCACACACAUCAAGGGUUAGGGGAGUACACUGCUGGAGGGGGAAGAAGAGGGAAGGUAGGGUAAGAAAGGGCUUUCCUAAGGAGAGAGUUCCCUACUCCAAUAGAGCCCAAGCGCUGUCCCCUCCCCUUCUAGAUCAAUUUUUAUUCUGGAAAAACCAAAGCCCAAACAAGUUAUGCAAGGCUGGAACCCAGCUCCUCUACUGCCCCUUCAGCCCCCCAUCAAUCCAUCACCAGGUUUUUACUGAGCCACCUUGGGCCCAGCCCUGCAGACAGAAGAAACAGAGGAGAUGCAGAGGUGAGCUCCCUUCACAGGGUACCCCCAAAAUCUGCAGUGUACCCCAGCUAGAAACCCAAAUACAGAUGGACUCAGAGACUCAACCAUUUACUCUCAGCAAUCAGCAAUAAAUAGUGUAUCUUGCACCUGGCUUGCUCUUUGGAAGGGAGUGGGUUCCUGGCUGGGUAGGGAAGAGGUUGCAGC